CGGGCCGGCCGGCGGGGGCUCCGGCGACGCUCCGUCGGGCGACACGGCAACCUGUCCGACGGCCACCAGCUCCUUCCAGCACAGCACCAUUCAGGAUGAAAGUCCCCUUCAAGAGACAAUUCAAGAUGAGCCUGCUGGAUAUCACCAAGAUAUUCUCCCUCUUCCAGCCCAGCGAAGAUGAAGAUGGGGACAGAGAAAGACAAGAGCUGAGUCUUGCCGUGUCCCAGGACAGCUACCAGCUUUUGGACCAACUGUUGCACCAAGAGCGAUACAAACAGGUCAUCAACAGUCGGAGUGGUUGGGGGGUGCCAGGCACUCCCCUGCGCCUAGCGGCCUCCAAGGGCCACGUCAGGUGCAUCGAGGUGCUUCUGGACCACGGCGCUGAAGUGGACAGCUUGGAUGUCAAGGCCCAGACCCCACUGUUUGUUGCCGUCAACAAUGGGCACCUUGACUGUGUGAAGGUCCUCUUGGAGGCGGGGGCCUGUCCUUCUGGGAGCAUUCACAACAACUGCACCCCUCUGCUCACGGCUGCGAGGGAAGGAGCCCUGGGGAUCCUGCAGGAGUUGUUGUCACACGGGGCAGACCCUAACGUCAAACCUCGAAUCCCAGAGUGGGCGGCCAACUCCGUGGCCUGCUGUGGACCUUUGUAUUUGUCUGCCGUCUAUGGUCAUCUGGAGUGCUUCAAGACCCUCUUGUUGUACGGGGCUGAGCCCAACUACAACUGCUUGGAUAGGAACAUGAUCACCCGAAUUAAAUACCCCAAGACUCUCCUGGAAGUCUGCUUGAAGCACUGUUGCAGGGCAGAGUUUGUCAAGCUCCUCAUUGAUUUUGGUGCCAAUGUCUACUUGCCUGGCAUCAUAUUGGAGAAGAGCUCAGCAAACCCUGAAGUGCUUGAGCUGUUGGCCAGAGAAAGAGCGUUGCCCAAAUCCUUGAUGUCUCAAUGCAGACUAGCAAUCAGAAGGUUUAUGAAACUGGAGAACCAUCCCGAAGCUGUGGAUCAACUGGACAUCCCACUAGUGCUGCUCAACUACCUCAAACACCAAGUGUAACAGAAGAUCAACGCUGAACUGCCCAGGGUUACCAAGUACUGU